AUGGCGAUCCUCUCGGCUCAACGAUUGCUGCUCCUCAGCGCGAUGAUCGUGUCCCUCUCCUCGGGCACGAACUACAUCUACUCGCUCUACGCGCCUCAACUCGCAUCGAGGUUGCAUCUCAACUCGAAGCAGCUCAACAUCGUCGGAGCAAGUGGCAAUGCAGGUUAGUGAACACGCUCUGCGUGAUCCCGUGGCGUUCUCUGUGCCGCGCCGGAUACCACCUAACGCCGAUCCCGCUCCAUCAUAAAGGGGUCUAUCUCAGUGGACCUUUUCUCGGCAUCAUCGUCGAUCGAAAAGGACCGAGAUUGCCACUCUUUCUUGCCGCUAUCUGUUUGCUCGUCGGAUGUGGGUCCCACCUCGAGCCCGUGCCCGAAACCGAAGCCGAAGCCGAAUCUAAUCAACUCCACCUCCCGACAGACUCGUACGUCAAAGCCAUCUACGCGGGUGGCCACAGCGGUCUAUUCGCCUCCUCCGGCGUCACAGGACUCGCUCUCGCCGAGUUAGCGACCGGGCUCGGUUCCUCGGCCGGCUUGUCGAGUGCCGUCAAUGGGACGAGCAAAGCUUUCUCCCCCCAAAGAAGAGGGAGCGCCAUCGCCGCGGUCGUGUCCUGUUUCGGCCUCAGUGCCUUUUUCUGUCAGUGCGAGGGCAGAGAGUACUGAGAUCUUGGGUCUCGGACAAGAGCUCAUAGAUCCGGUCCGAUGCCUUGCCACAGACUCGACCCUCUCCCACGCCUCGUUCCUCACUUCCUCGUCAAGCGACCCGACAUCAUCGUUCCUGACCGUCCUCGUCGUAGGGUGUACCUCCUCGAUGCUCUUGGGUACCCUCUUCAUCCGCAAUGGCGUCGUCCCCGCCGUCUCGAGACGCAACGACUACCUCCCCAUCGACGGCAUCAACGCUCCCAUCCCCGGCCCCUCGUCCGACGAACACACCCCAGCAACCACAGCGACAGCGACACAACGUCAUCGCUCCAUAUCCCCUGUUGAAGUAGACGACUCGUCCGCUUCCUCAGCCGACGAAGAAGAAUCCUACAUCGGUGAACCCAUCAGGAGGCCACGACGCUCGAGACCAAGUCGAAGUCGAAGUCGAAGUCGGAGCCCUCGAACGGGCAAGGAGGGGAGGGAUCCGGCGUUGGUCGAUACGGAUUUCAGGACGUUGGUGUCGACGAUGGAUUUUUGGUUGUGUUUUACGUAUUUGGGGUUGUGCGCGGGGAUUGGGCUGAUGUGUGAGUUCAAGGUGGCGCGAUUCGCUGGGAAGCGGGACGUGCCUGACUAAGGCUUGGGGUGACGUACAGUCAUCAACAACAUCGGAACCCAAGUCGCCACAUUCCUAAUCGGUGAAAAGCCACGAACAGUAGCCGCAUCUCAGGUGAGGAGCUCUCCACGAUUAGCCAGGGUCACCAACGAUGACAGUGGGCUGAACAGCGGGGAGAAUCCUUCACAGGCCCAUCUCGUUUCGCUCCUUUCGAUCUGCAACUGCCUUGGACGGUUGGCCGCGGGCUUUUCGGCGGAUUAUUUCACGCAUCACGUUAGGGUCGAGUGGAGGUUUCAGCGGAUUUGGUGGUACGGUCAGUCGGGGCUCGGUCAUCCUUUAUUCUGGAUUGGGCCAAGGGUGUGGUUACUGAUUCGCUAAGCCACGUCGAACCGACAGUCCCGACGGCGUUGUUGUUCGUCAUCUCUCAACUGUUUGCGAGAGGUGCGGAUGGAGUGCAUUCUCUUUUACUGCCUACGGCUCUGACGGGGUGAGCAGUUUCCCAGCCUGGCGAACUCUUCCGCCCAGAGACUGACUGGUCUCUUCAGAUUCGCCUACGGAGCCAUGUUCGCCCUUUCUCCCAUCGUCUGCCUCGAACGCUUCGGCGUCCGAUCUUUCGCGACCAACAACGGUCUUCUCACAUUAGCCCCUUCGGUGUUUGGUAACCUGCUCAACGGGCUCUUUGGGAUCCUCUACGACGCCAACGUCGAUCAUUCGAAAGGCCACACCGAGCCGACGAGUUUUCGUCUCCUCUCCCGCUCUUUCGACACCGUGGAAAAAAGAGCAGGGGGUGAAAUCGACCAUUCGCAUCUUUGCUUACUGGGCAAGGAAUGUUUUCGCGCGGCGUUCAAUGCGAGUACGGUGAUGGCGGUGGGGGCGUUGGUGGUGGGUUUCGUAUUGGCGAGGAGGAGUAGUAUGCAUGCUUCUUAG